AUGGCCUCCCCCCGCCCAGCGUCUCCCCUCACCUCAGGCGCCGAGUCCGGCCCUGACUCAAAGUCAGGUGCCGCCGCAGCCACUGGCAACUCCGUCGGCCGUCCUUCUUCUCCCUCUACUCCCGGCGGUCCUCGUGCUGCCAUGCGCCGCCGUGCCACCGCCGACCACAAGGAGACCCUGCGCAAUGCCCGUCCCAGCUCCACCCGCUCUGCUGGCGCCGGUGGCUCGUCCGGCACCAUGCUCAAGCUGUACACCGACGAGAGCCCCGGUCUGCGCGUUGACCCCGUUGUUGUCCUGGUUCUGAGUCUAGGAUUCAUUUUCUCGGUUGUUGGUCUGCACGUCAUCGCCAAGAUCACCCGCAAGUUCUCCGCUUAA